AUGGAAAAUGUCUUCCAGCCCCUACGCGCGCCAGUCCCCCGCUGGAGCGGGGGCGGCCACCACUCGCCGCUGGAGCUGAAUACCACAGACCCAUAUCUGUCGGCGCAAUCCGACCCAGAAGAAAGCGACUUUCAUGCCAGCGCGAUUCGACUUACGCCUGUCAAUGGCAGUCCGAAUCAUACUUCCUCGUCGUAUGAUGAGGCCCGUCGCCCGUCUAUCACGUCGCAGGGCUAUUUGGCCCCGGGAGGAAAUGAUUAUCCGGACGCUAGCUCCAGCACCUCCGCAACUAACCAGACGGGAGGGUUUUUGGACCCGACAGAGGUGAUGGUCAAUUUCUCGGCCCUCUCUAAUGAAGGGACGCCUUUGGUGUUUGGCGCAGGAGAGUCUGCGGCUGCUGUUAGUAAUGCGCAAUGGUUGUCGUCUAUUCCGGGCGAUACGACCCAGUUUCUCGAUCCAGAGCACACCAUGCCCAGUCCGUCUUCCUUACAGGAGACCGCAACGGUUCAGAGCAAUGCCAACCCCACGCUGCCAACGCAGGCAUUGUUUGUCGCACCGCAACAGUCUGGUAUUAGCUCAAAUCCAGCAUUCGGCCCGUCCAGACUCACCGUAUCAACGAACAAUGCAUACAACAAUGACUUGGCCUCACCAUCACCGAGAGGCCGGAGUCCUAUAAUUACCAUUUCCAGGACGUCACGGGGAGAUUCGCCGGAUGAGAAUGCGCCCGAAACACGCCCCAGCAGAUCGCUGCUGUCUCCCAUUGGUCCCGAUGAAAUGCCCAAUGGGUACGUUGAUGACAACGACGAUCACCGCUCAAUAUCUUCCGUGUCCGUGAUGCCCUCGCAUAACGGGACUUAUGUGCGGAUUUCCACCGCAACCCGUCGCGGCCUGGAUCCCUUUUCUCGAGGAGAUGAAUACGGGCCAAGCCCGAAUGAGAUGCACGGCAAACACCAGCAGGAACAGAAAAAUGAGGAAAUCGGUCGCUGGACGGCCACUGUCUCGGCGGCCAACAGCGAGGCCGGCGAUGAUACUCCGGACCAGUCUCGCGGACGCAAUAAAGUGACUAACCGAAUCCGAGCGCUCAGCACAGGGGCCCAGCCACUCCAACAAGCAGAUUAUUUCAAUCUCAAAGAAAGCGAUCGUACAGUGCUGGGACCUGGUCUCAUGUUGCAUGAGAGUAGUGAUGACGGGAUCGAGAGCGAGGAGGACUCGGAUGGCAGUACGGCGCCAGAUUCCCUCCCUGCUCUUGCUGAUGAUCGCGGUUUAUACGAUUACUCCACCCCGGGCGUGUACAUGUCGCAGGAAGUUGCUUCUCCAGAAAAGAGCUUCCCUCUUUAUCCAUGGCAAGAUCCGCCGCGUGACCCCAUGCGCAGGGGAGAUAUGAGGCAGCCAAAGAGUUCCGCAGCUGCAAUGGCCACGUAUGAGAGGCGCGCGAGGGAGCAAGACGCUGCUUCUAUUACAGCGACCAUCGACAACAACAGCAUCAUCAACUUCAGCGCUGGAUUCGAGCGGUCCUUGAGAAUCACGGAUGCGCCAAAGAAACAUGCUAGCUGGAGCAGUGCCCUUUUCAAACGCGGACAGCAGAGAAUCAAGAGGCAGGCGUCUGACCUGUCGCUGGCGAGUGCACAGUCCAACUUUCAACCUGGCGUCCCGGAACUGCCGCAGCCUCAGCGGAAAGAGAGUGCCGGUUCGAGCUACCGGCAUCGACUGAGCUUGUCGAGUAAGCAUUCGCCGAAAUCUCACAGCCGCUCUCCGAGCUUGACCAAUGCUCUCAUGUCCAUGACUGGGCAAAUGGCGGCCGUUGGAGGUAGUCAUUCCGUCCAAGCAGUCUCCCCUCAUGCAGAUGCCAGCCCCAAGACCUUCCCAGCCAAGUGGGGUCGUGAUCGGGCGAAGAGCGAGGUUCCACGACCGACCACGCCAGGCUUGCUAGAUCUCAUGACAACACAUGGCGGCCCGCCCGUCGCCAGUCUCUCCCGAUAUUGCAAGGCAGAGCCGGAUGUUGCAGAGCCACGUGCAAGCAUCGCGCCGUCACUUGACGUGCCUGGCGCUGAAGAUGACGAGGAUAUGGACGUUUGCGACGAGAAGGGACUGGUGAUGGAUUUCCCAGCGAUUGUCCGCUUGCCAGUGCCCACAAUGGAAGGGUUCAAGUCACAAAUCAUGCAAUUGAACCCACGUCUCGACCCAGCCCUGAUCAAUCGCUUUGCCGGCGAGCAAGUGCGGCGGUAUCGCAAGUUGAUUGAAUACCAACAGAAGCACGCAACGGCCGUAGCCAAGGGCUCAUGCAAGUCGGGCAGUUUCUGCUUCGCAUUGGGUGGGCAAGCAACCUUACUACCUCAGCGUAAGACCGCAGCGGAUAUCGAGAGUGGCCAGACCCAAUUCCGUAUCACGGACGGCCACGAUCAGUCAUAUCUCGGCAGCGAAGGGGCCGUUACCGCCGCCCAGUUCCCCCCUGGCGUCCCCCUUCCGCCCGUCGCUCGGCUACCAGCCAAGUUUGAAUGCCCCGUAUGCUUCCAAGUCAAGACCAUCCAGAAACCGUCCGAUUGGUCUAAGCAUAUCUUUGAGGACGUACAGCCAUUCACGUGUACGUUCCCCGGAUGCACAGAGCCCAAGUCCUUCAAGCGCAAGGCCGACUGGGUACGCCAUGAAAGCGAGCGACACCGACAGCUAGAAUGGUGGUGCUGUACAUACCACGAUUGCACGCACAAGUGCUAUCGUAAAAACAAUUUCAUCCAGCAUCUGGUGCGCGAGCACAAACUGCCCGACCCCAAAGCUGUCGUGGGCGAUGGCUCCGCAAGGAUAGUCGAUCAAAUGGUCGAGGACUGCAAACACACCACCCAACAUACCCCCGCCCAAGAGCCCUGCCGCUUCUGCGGAAAUAACUGUGGCACCUGGAAGAAGUUAACGGUCCACUUGGGGAAACACAUGGAGCAACUGGCCAUGCCGGUUCUGGAACUUGCCAGGCAGAGCUGCGCCUCCCAGGGUCAGGGUCAGGGUCAACCGAGGCCGAUCGACACCGCGAGCCCCUUCGAGGCCGGCAACAAUACCAUAACCAGCUCCUCCGGCCCCGUCCAGGCUCCUCAAGUGCAGGCACCAGUCCAACAAGCCCAGGGUCAAACACAAGCCCCGACCCAGACACAAACGUACUACGGCGACAUUCCAAGUUUCAACUUCACCAGCAUGACAGGCGGCGAGAUCUCCAUGGAACCGGAGUCGAUCAUGGAACCAGAAUCACUGAUUGAUCCCCUGCAGCAGCCUGGCGAUCAGUUCUCCGGCUACGCACUGGGGCCGUUCGAUCCGAACCCGAAUUCCCAUGCCCAAGCCACGACUUCGGCCACGCUCUACCCACAAGGCCAUGCCCAUGCCCAUGCUCAAGCUCAAGCUCAAGCUCAAGCCCAUUCCCUUGCUCAUGCCCAUGCCCACGCUCACGCCCAAUCCCUACAUCAAAACUCGGUCUCAUAUCCACCCCUCUACACGCCGCCGCCGCCCUCCAUGGACCAAACUGUCGCCCCGAAUGCGCCACACUCAUUCUCCAUUUCUUCUCAGCUGCCACCGCAGGCUGCGCAGCAGCAGCAGGCGGGGUAUCAAACAUACCAACCCGUCGCGCCGAGUAGCCCGUAUAUGUCCGGGCAGUACAAUUCGAGUUAUUCGUCGCAGAUGGGGUGA